ACGGAACUAAUGGUAACGUUCAGUUGUUCCUGCCAGGAAGAUUGUAGCGUUGCUGAACGGCUACUCUUCAAACAUCAAAUGGCAAAUGGCUUCACUGGGAUUCAGGGGUGCCUCUGUAUGUGGUUGCAAAGGCAUAAGGACAUGUCUAACCUGUGAGAAGGCAGUUGGUAAACUUGGUUUGACUGCGAAUGAAAUUGCAAAGGGUUCACAAGAAUUUACAUAUAAUCCCUUAUCAGGACAGGCCAUUAGAUGUGUGAAUGGGGUUCAAGAAUCAUUUCCCUUCCCUGGAGUGUUUUUACGGGAAAACUUCGUUACUGAGGAGGAGGAGAGGGAUCUGGUGUCUAAAAUGGAUGAAGACAUUUGGAGAGAAUCACAGUCAGGAAGGACGAAACAGGAUUUUGGUCCCAAAGUGAACUUCAAAAAGAGGCGUGUACGUGUUGGAGGCUUUUGUGGCCUUCCUUCGAUAAGUCAAAAACUGGUGGUCCGAAUGAAUCAAGAACCCCUGCUUAAUGCAUUUCAACCAGUGGAGCAAUGUAAUCUGGACUAUAAUCCUCAGAGAGGGUCAUCUAUUGAUCCUCACCUUGAUGACAGCUGGCUAUGGGGAGAACGACUAGUUACCAUCAACUUACUCUCAGAUACCAUUCUGACAAUGAGCCUGGAUGAAGGAUGCGGACAGUUUGAUCAAAGGGAUGUGAGUGUUUAUGUUCAUCUCUCCCGUAGGUCCUUGGUUGUGCUCUAUGGUGAAGCAAGACAUCAAUGGAAACAUGCAAUCCACAGAAGGGACAUUCACAAUCGCAGAGUGUGUAGCACAUUUAGGGAGCUUUCUGCGGAGUUCCUACCAGGCGGAGAACAGGCGGACACAGGCUCACAACUUUUGGACAUUGCCUCAACCUUCCAUGGUGUUCCCCUGUGAUGAUUUAUUUAAUCAUUAUACUCUGGAUGCGAUUCUAGUGUAGGCUUAAUAUCAAGGUAGUCAACGGGUACUCUGCUGCUUUUUUAAUCACAAUUGAUGGGAAACUUUACUGAAGGCCUUGUUGCCCUGUAGAUUGUUAUAAUAAUCACCAAAGAUCACAUCAAUUAUACAUCUGCCUUAUAAUUGUUGUAUAAUAAAAAAAUAUUCUAAAGUG